AUGUGUUCACAAUACAAGAACUGUCUCAGAACUGCCCUAAAUAAUCAAGCUUCUUUGAACAAUAAGCAACAUGAAACAUCUUUUCUGAGUAAACAGGUUGUGGUGGUAUCAAUAGAUUUGAAAUGGGACGUAGACUUCUCCAGCAAAGUCAUCUCAGGCUUUGCCACUUUAACAGUGGAACGGAAGCAGGACGAGGCUCAGCAUCUCAUUCUGGAUGCUCGUGACCUAAGCAUAAAAGCAGUGAGGGAUGAGGAAACAGGUCAAGUCCUGCAGUACACACUUGGUGACCCUCACCCGAACUUCGGAUCAGAAUUCAAGAUCAUCCUGCCAUCAGACACCAAGAAAAAGUAUAAGGUGCAGAUCGAGUAUGAAGUGUCCCCCAAAAGCUCUGCACUUCAGUGGUUAGACCCAGAACAAACAGCAGGGAAAAAACAUCCCUAUCUCUUCUCACAGUGCCAGGCCAUACAUUGCAGGUCCUUGGUGCCAUGUCAGGAUACACCAGCAGUUAAGGCAACAUACACAGCAGAGGUGAAAGCUCCAAGUGAAUUGGUGGUGCUUAUGAGUGCGCUACGAGAUGGCCACAAGGAGGAAGGAAAUGGGACUGUUUUCAGAUUCCGUCAACCUGUACCAAUGCCGUCGUACCUGAUAGCAAUAGCAGUCGGAGCGCUGGAGAGUCGUGAAGUUGGUCCUCGCACCUUAGUCUGGUCAGAGAAGGAGUUUGUUGAUAAGGCAGCAUUUGAAUUUUCUGAGACUGAGACUAUGUUAAAGACUGCUGAGGAACUGUGUGGUGACUACGUAUGGAGUCAGUACGAUUUGCUGAUCCUUCCACCAAGCUUCCCAUAUGGUGGGAUGGAGAAUCCAUGCCUCACUUUUGUCACCCCAACCUUGCUGGCUGGUGACCGCUCCCUAGCUGAUGUUGUUGCACAUGAGAUUAGUCACUCAUGGACGGGAAAUCUGGUCACCAACAAGCAGUGGGAGCACUUCUGGUUGAAUGAGGGCUUCACCAUGUUUGUGGAGCGUAAGAUUGCUGGCAGGAUGCAUGGUGAGGCUACCAGAAACUUUUCUGCAAUUGGAGGGUGGAAGGAUUUGCGAGAUUGUAUCCGUACAAGAGACGAUGGAAAAGACCCAUUAACUUGCCUGAUACCAGACCUGACUGGGGUGGAUCCUGAUGAUGCAUUCUCCACUGUUCCGUAUGAGAAGGGACACACAUUUUUGUGGUAUUUAGAAACCCUUGUUGGAGGACCAUCCAAGUUCGAGCCAUUCCUCAAAGCUUACCUGGACAAGUUCAAGUACCAGUCCAUUGACUCAGACAUAUUCCGCAACUUCCUGUUCGAGUUUUUCGCCGACAAGAAGAGUGUCUUUGACGUGGUUGAAUGGGAUGCCUGGUGGAAGACCCCUGGUAUGCCACCUAUUAAGCCUGAGUUUGAUAACUCUCUUGCCGUAGCAUGCACGGAGCUGUGUCAGCGUUGGGUAAAGUGGGAUGUGGCAACAGAUUGCCCAUUCAAGAGUACUGACCUGGAUACACUCUCUGCCAAUCAGGUCCGAGAGUUCCUAGCCCUACUCCUGGAAGAAGACCCUCCCCUGUCUGUGCAGAAACUGGAGAAGAUGGAUGACUUGUACAGCAUGUCAGAAAGGAACAAUGCAGAGAUCAAGUUCCGCUGGAUACGCUUGGGGCUGAAAGCUCAUUGGAGAGAUCAGGUGGACACGGCUGUGAAGUUUGUGACAGAACAAGGAAGAAUGAAGUUUGUGAGGCCAAUUUACAGAGACCUUUACAACUGGCCAGAGAUGAGGAACCAUGCCAUUGCUACAUAUGAAACCAACAAAAAUUCCAUGAUGCAUGUGGCUGCUUAUGUUGUUGCCAAAGAUCUUCACCUCAGAAAGUAAUUGUGUUCACUGCACCUGUCUUUCGUCAGUGAUGAUUCUCCAGCUUCUGUGCUAUUUCAUUCUUUUUCACUGCAAUGUGUUCCAGGCAGGAAUUUUAGGGAAAAAUGAAGUUGUGGUCAUUUGAAGAAAUAUUGGUAUAUGUCUGUAUGCCUUUUCAGUUUUAUUUCCUUUUUCUUUGUCUAUCAUGUAUUAUGUGAAUGAUAUGGUUAUUACAGGUGGCCCGUAAUAUUUGCUGAUCUGAUUACCAGUGAACUUAGCCAAAUUAUGUAUGAGAAAGUAUGAAAAUAGUAAGAAAUCAAGAGAUGUACAUGCAAGAGAGAGUAAUUUGAUUUUUUUUUUCUUUUUAUUUUUCUUUUUCCUUUGGACUCCACUAUUCAUAUAUGAGUUAUACCAUCUAGAAAAUAAUGUUCAUAUUUUCAUUUUUUUGCUUUUUUUCAGACAUUUGUUUUUAAAUAAUGACCUAAGAGUUAUGAAAAAGAUAUUCAUUCCUAAUGAAAGAAUUAUCCAAAAACUUAUGAAACACAGCAUAGGAAGAAUUGGUUGGCUGAUAAGAACUGAAAGGAUUAGAUAGUAAAUAACAGUAAAAAGCAGUUGAAUAUAUGAACAAUCCCAAAGAGAUACAAGCAGGUACAAAAGAAAACUGAGUGGAGCUUUUGAUAUGGACACCCUCCUCCUACCCUCUCUUUCACAAGAGUAUUGGCUAACACCAGUCUUUGUAUGGCUGCAUUAUGGUCAAAUUUGUGUUUUACAGCAUUUUUUUAAUGUGUAAAAUUGAAGCAUGGGCCCCAGGUGUAGCAUUCUUGAUGUUUGUGUGUGUAGUCUCAGGCAUCAGAGAGGUUAUGUUGUUUGCUAACAGAGGAAAAGUAUUAGACAAGCUUUGGAAAGUAAUGAUUGUUUUUGUUGUUGGUGGAUAUUGUAAUAGCAGGGAUUGGAGAGAUUACUUAGUCAAGCAGACUAAGAAGGUUGUUUGCAGAGCCCGGAUUUUUAGAUAUUUGCAAGGGCUUAGGAAGGUUUAUAUUACAUAUGUUAAGGGCCAUCUGUAUUGUGAUUUACAGCUUAUGGUACGUGGUAGAAAUAAUAUAGCCGCUGGGGUAAGCACUUGGUUAUUGUAAGUGCAUUAUCAUGGAAAUGAUAAGCGAAGAUUUAUGAAUGACGAAAUUGAUGGUCUAACCCUAAAGUAUUUUUUGUCUUUUAUAGUUUGUCUGUACUGUAAUAUAUUUAAAAAUUAGGUGAGUAUUAUAAUUUGCAGAUAUUUGAGUUGUCAAAUAUUAUUUUCCAUUAUCAUGCAUAUGGUCAUUUAAUACAUUGUUAAUGGACAGAAUAUGUUAAGUUUAAAACAUGACUUUUGUGAUGAAAUGAAACAUUGUCUAUUUUGUAAACAUAUUUUCACAAAGUACCAUUUAUGUACCAAUUCUUUUUCUUUCCCAUAAUUUUCUUAUAUAUAAUUUUUGUUUGUAUCUGUAAUGUAGGAUAAGAAAUGUAGGUGGAAUUUCUUUAUUUGCAAAUUUGCUAAUUGCCAAAUGUUCUUUUUAUUUGUUUCAGACAUAAAUUUCAUGAAUUAGCCAAAUUUUAGAUUUGACUAAAUAUUGACCAUUAGCAGUGUUUAUACCUGCUUUUUUUUUUUUUGCUUUUACAUUUUAGGUUAAGAAUGAAAAUUAAGUUAGAUUUUUAAUUUAUAAAUUUGUUAAUUUACAAAAAUUAUAUGUGUUGAUAAAAUGUAUGAUAAUUAUAUUGUAGUAUUAUCAGAGGAAAUAGAAAAGUAAUAACAGUAUUACCAUUUACUAAUCCAGAUGUGACGUCACAAAUUUCAAAACUUUAAGGUGCUUCUGUCUAUCAAUAUCUAAAAAAAAAUCUUUCCUAUUUUAUUUUUGAAGUUGACAUAAUGCUAUGCCAUAUUUAUCCUAUCUGUAUCUUCUAACAGAGGUGUUGCCUGGUUGGAUGUUCCAGCUGUUACUUUACAGGGUAUUUUGUCAUUGUUAAGGUGGAUAAAAACAGGACUUUUAUAAAGGGUUGCUAACCAGUUCUUCAUCGAAUGUUUAAUAGCUUCAAAUUGCCAAACAGGGGUAUAUUAUUCCUGAUUUUAUACAAGGUCAAAGUUGUAUGUUUUGUAAAAGCACUGAGUAUAUGUUUCAGCAAAGUACUAUUUUGUAAUGAAUUCAUAUAAUAAAAGCAUACUGGUUAAUCAGA